GGGUAAAAGGGUCAUUUCAAAUUUCAAACAAAAGCCAAUCUAUUCUAUCCUCGUCCGACCGUUGGACAGAAGACGCAGAAGAGAGAAAAGCCCUAGCGCGCAUCCAGUAGCAAAGUGAGAAUCGGCCAUUUUUGUGCAUCUACUAGGCCCCAGGGAUGUUGCUUUCAAGUUUAAGGCUGAUGUGCAUGACCAUCUUCAGCACACUUUACAUUUAGAUGUGCAUGAUCAGAUGGAAAUCUUGCCCAUCAGUGCUCCACGUGGGAUUUUGUUUCUUGGCAUUGAGAGGCAAAAUGGACAUCAUAUCUCAGCUACAGGAACAAGUCAAUACAAUUGCCUCUCUUGCAUUUAAUACCUUCGGGACACUGCAAAGGGAUGCUCCUUCAGUCCGUCUGUCACCAAAUUAUCCAGAACCACCGCCUGCCAAUCCCUCAGAGGACACUGUGAAUAUUGCAGAGCAACCCAAACAAAUGAGUAUUGGCCUGGUUAAGGCUGCUAAGCAGUUUGAUACAUUGGUUAAUGCACUUCCAGUAUCAGAGGGAGAUGACGCACAACUGGAACGGAUUGCAGCACUUGAGGCUGAAAAUGAAGCAGUGGGACAGGAACUUCAAAGGCAACUGGAAGCAGCAGAGCAAGAGUUGAAGCAGGCUCAGGAGUUGUUUGACCAAGCUGUUGACCACUGUGUGAACUUAAAGAAACCUAAUUGAUGGAGAAGGUUCAGGAGUUAUUUGACUCUAACUGUGGCAACUGCUUGAACUUGAUUAGACCCAAUCAGUAACUAGUGGACAAGGGGAAGUAUGGGUUAUGCCCUUAUUUUUUCAACAUUUUGAUUUUUCCUUUCUCUAAAUUGUAUAAGGUGGUUCAUAUUGAAAAUUAGUGAACGGUAUUCAAGAUCUCUCAAUUACCAGACAUGGAACUCAAAUUUAUAGCAGUGGAAUUUUGAUAGAAAUUUUAUGUCUUGUAGGAUCCACAACAUCAUCAACAAUGUGGGUUAGCACAUUAUUUAUGCAACCAUCUUGGAAUUGAUAGUAA